AUGAAAUUUACUUCCAUCACUCUCGUUACCGCGCUGGCCGCGACAGCUUCAGCCCAUGGCUUCGUGCAACAGAUCCUACUCGGCGAGAAUCUCGUAGACACAUGGAACCCCUACAAAGAUCCAUCGAAGAAGGUCAACAAAAUCACCCGCAAGUUCAAAGACAAUGGCCCAGUGACCGACGGCCUGUUCACGACCGAUGCCAUUACCUGCAACAUCGGGUCAGACAAGAAUAAUAUCCCCGCCACGGAGACUGCCAGUGUUCCUGCCGGUAGCAAUGUCAAGUUCAUGUGGACUGAGUGGAAGAGCGACCAUCCCGGCCCAAUCAUGACUUAUCUUGCCGACUGCGGUGGCAAGUGCAGCGAGUUCGACGGAAGCAAGGGCAACGUCUGGGUCAAGAUUGACCAGUCUGGCUAUGACCCGAAGGAGGCUAUCCCAUGGGCCAGCAAGCGUCUCCCUGAAAACAAUAGCACCUACACCGUGAAGCUACCCUCCAAGAUUACACCGGGUGAAUACAUCCUAAGACACGAGAUUCUCGGCCUGCAGCGAACCAACAAGGAUGGCAACCUCGCCCAGUUCUACCCUGGUUGUCAUCAGAUAACUGUGACUGGAUCCGGAACCACCAAGCUCCCCGAGGGAAUCGCACUUCCGGGAGCGUACAAGGCGGAUGACACCAAAUCAAUCCUGCUCGACUACCGCAAAGUCACAAAAUACACACCUCCCGGCGGCCCGGUCUGGAGUGAUGCCGGGUACCUUUCUAUCAGCAAUUUGAGAGGGGAGCUCCAAAACGCCGACGGUACUUCCGAGAAUGAAGAGGAAGGGGGCACAUUGAUAUUGGAAGGCAAAGAGCUUGAGAUCUGGCUCUUCCAACAAAUCGAGAAGUUUGAUAUCGCCUUAGCGUCCGCCGAGGCAGACUUCUUCGCCUCCGGCGUUGACAGCCUCCACUGCAUCCAGACGUGGAGUCUCAUCAAGAGGGAUGUCGACUUGGGCGGUCAUCGAAGCCAGCUGGGCCCGAAUAUUCUCUACGAAUCCGGAAAUAUGAGAGAGCUCUCUUGA